AUGGAGCUGAAGUGGGAACAGCUCAAAACUAUAGUAUUAGAUGAGGAUGAAUUCAUCAACUACUACAGUAACCACAUUGCUACUAUGACCGGCUCUUCUGGGAACAGCAGAGAGUUCCGACUAAAAAAACUUGUCAUACCAAGACGGUCUUUUACCGCAUUGCAACUCUCCUCUGCUUCUCCAAAUGAAAUCUCGAUGAGUGCGAGAAGUGUCUUGCUAGGAGGUAUUCCGGAGCUGUGGUACGCUAAUCAAAGCAAGAACGUCAUCAAGUCUAUGUCGAAGAUGGUUCAGAAUAAAACAAAAGGCAAGCUUCGUCAUGCAUACACAAUUGGACAGGCGCCACUACGGAACGCGCGGGACAGAUUAUCGCUUCGGGGGAAGAAGUACGUGAUGAGGUCUUCAGAAGCCACACGGAAUUUGAUGAAUUCCAACGCCCGGGAGCGAGGAUCAGGCAGUCAGAUACGCCGUCGUCUCUGCGCUCGCACGUCUGUAUCUACCAAUGAUUCCUCUGCCGUUUCUGGGGAAACAAACUUGAAGCUUCCUGUCUCCCAACAUGGCGCACAUAGCUUGGCUCCUACCAGCUUUUCCAUGACAGACAAUUCGACCCUUAACCAAGGCACCAUAAAUGUCUCGGAGACCUCCAACUUGGAUACUCGGGUAGAGUCAGGUACCAUACACCCUAUCCCUAAUGUGAAGUUUGAAAUGGCCAGUUCGUCCUUAAAUAGUACCUCAGACAUAAUGAGCCUCCUUCUACGACUGAAGCAUACCGACUCGGAGCAAUCAUCGACUUGUGACUCUGAGUCCGUUUAUUGCUCAGCGAAGGAAUUCCUCAAAAUCACAGGUGAGUGUACUACAGACCGAUCGCUAUUGAACCAUGAUUACAUAUCAGGGCAGUCCAUAAUGACAGUUGAAGCUUCUCACAUGCGCGAUGCAGAUAAAAGUAACAUUAUGAGCACGGGUAUAUCAAAGGAAAAGGAUGAAGUUCCUAAAGGAAGUGGAACCUCUAAAAUCAAAUUCGAGAUUACCAGUGAAAAGCAAGAAACACAGACAAUUAAAUCACCAGAGGAGGAGCUAAAAGUCUUAAAACCAGAACCAGAAAGAUUGCCAUACUCUAAGAAGAAACUAUUAUCCUCUUGUCCUUCGUGGGAUGAGCCUAUGAACGGAACUUGGGGCGUAGCUCAGCGAGCGAAAAGCUUGGUUAUCCAUGAAUGGAAUUUAGUGAAGGCAAAGGAACACGAACUUAAAAAUAGAUAUUUUAAUCGUUUUAGAACCGGUGAAAUUCUAAUGAUGGAGAAAAUGUUGGUACUCGUGAAAUCUGCCGUAUCCGUUACUCAUCCUCCCACCACGUUUUCUGAUGUGGAACCAAUUGACACACGGGUUUAUGGCCACUGGAAGGAGCUUAUUGUUUUGGCGAGAGCGACAGGUGAUCCAGAUGCUCCAAUUUUUAUGCAGUUUCUCGAUCGUAGCGGGCUUCCGAAAAUAGAGAAGUGCAGUCAUUCCACUAAGUCUAUGGAUUUUUCCUUAACCGAGUCCUGUUCUGUCGGGUACUAUAAUUGCUUGGACAGGACUAUCUAUAUUUUGAAGCCAGACGAGAAAUUGGAAACCGAUUUGAGAGAGGGAACCGUCAGCGCAAAAUGUCACAGGUAUAAGCCCCUCAAGAUAUAUAUUCUAAAAUGCAGCACACUAUGGUCAUCUGGGAAAUGGUUAUCUUUUUUGCGUGAAUCAAUUGGUCUUCAGAUUAUUCCUGAAUCCAUUGAUAUUCAUCUUCCGCAAACAAGAAUGACUUUAACUGUUGCGCUACCUCCACAAGCACUAAAGGAGAUGAAAGAGCAGGCGCACGCUGAAGAAGCUGAAUUGAAGAUAUUGCAAUUGAAAAAUGGAUAUAAAGUCAUUACAUACCCUAUUUUACGUUACAUGGGCAUUGUCAUAAGGAAUAUAUUGACGGAAGCCGGAUACACAGAUAUUGUACGAAACUGGGAGAGAGAGAAUUCAUUAAUGGGAUUCAGUUGGAAACGAUAUGAUAUGCUUGAAUGGGUCCUAGGUGAUCAAAUUGAUGCAUUAUAUGGCUCAUUUAUAGCAAAUGCUUCCCAAGUGUUGGAAUAUAGACCUCUCACAGCUUAUCCGAGAACAGUGGAGUUAGAAGGGGGAUCUUGUUUGAUUGAACCUCCGCCAAUUGAGGGAUUUCUUGCACUUUGUUCGCAUAGAUACAGAGAUGGGGUGAAUGGCUCGUUCAAUCGACGCUUCAUAAAGUUAAAGUACAUGUUCACAUGUAAUGGAGUUUUAUUCUAUACACGUGGAACGAAGGCGAUGCCUCCUUUACCAGCCUUCAAUACACCUGCCGUCUACAAUGGUUCGCAGCCAUCUCCUCUCUUGGAAGAUAUGGUGGGGUAUAUCCCAGAUAUAUAUGAGCAUAACCCUUACCCGUUAGAUCAGUACCAACAUAUUAGAUGGCUAACAGAUGACCUAACGCCAGCAGAGUUUCUGGAGUUUGACGAAUUUGCUUUGAAGUCUGCUGCAAGAAAGGUUUCACAUAUACUCAAAGCGGAGGGUGCAAUUGAUCUUACCCAGAUAGAAUCCAUUUCAACUUUGGAUAUUGAGGAAGCCUGUCGAAUUACAAAGUCAAUUAAAGUAUGGAAUGGCGUUAAUAACCUCUUUUGGAAGACACAGUCGACAGUUGAUGACACUUCGAAGUCACUCAUCGUGGUAAACAUGAAAAAUGGCUCUAAAAUGCAAUUGCUAGCACCGAGUAUAGCCAUGGCAAAAGAAUGGAUUAAAAGAUUAACACUAUUAUCUGAAUACUGGAGAGAGAGAUUGCACAAGGAUCAAGAGGUCAUGUGGACGACAAAAAUGGCAAACUUAAAAAUGUUAAGAAUUCAGGAGCAGAAUGAAUUCCAUAUUUUAGGCAACACCCCUAGGUGGGUAAACGAACGUGGUUAUGCUAGUGAUGCCAUAUACAACGUUAGUUCAUAUACAGUUUUGCGGCCCUUGAUUCAUCAGGGCAUCUUAUACCAGAAGCCGCGCAAACAUUCCGUCUUCAAAAAGUGCUUUCUUACUCUAGUCCCCGGUUUUAUCAUCCUUUAUGAGUGUUUUAAAAGAUCCAUGAUGGGUUAUUCUUAUAAAACAGUGGCUUAUCACCAUUAUAUGACUGUUCCGCUCGAAGAAUGCUACAUAUAUUCAGGUAAUAUUACUUCGCAAGACUUACUAAGGAGAGAACGUGAAUUUAAUAGUGGUAAUCCUGGUAAUAGGUCAUUGCCCAGAGUUUAUCAAGAUGGCUGGAAAUCUCUCGAAGAUGAACCAUAUAGGUGUUUUACACUAUGGUUUGGCAACAGGGCUAUAUCGGAUUAUAAUGUGGCGGGGAAGCAUUCUGACUCUGAUGAGGUUCAGGACGAAAUUCCAGAAUCAGGAACCCAUACCCAACCAUUAACGGCAUCCGGUAACUUUGAAAAUCAAAGUGAUCAAAAAACUGGUAAAAGAUUUAGAGUCUCAGGAAAAUCCAUGGUUUUUAUGGCGAGGUCAAGGCAAGAUCGAGAUGUUUGGAUUUAUAAAAUCCAUUGCGAAUUGGAAAGGAUAAAGCAAGGAUGCAAUCACAAGAUAAAGAAGCAGAAGCCCACGGUCUAA